AUGGGUCAAACUAAACAUUAUUUGAUUCCUACACAAGAUGAAGCUUGUUCCUUGCUUUUCAAAAAAAUCAAAACAGAAAAAAUAAUUAAGCCCAAUGAUGUUCCUUUUGAACUAUCAAAUAAUCUCACUUCGGAGGAGUAUAAAAAAUUAAUUGGGUUAAUAGCAAGAGAAUUGGAAUUAAAUUGGGUUUUUAGAAAAAUUAGAGUGUAUUCCUCAUCUCUAAUUUCCCUCUCCAUCCUAUUUCCAUCCUAUUUGGUAGUCAACAAAAAUAUUGGAUUAAUGAGCGAAAUCAAAUUUGAAUCUUUUUUAAAUAAUUUAAAUUAUAAUUAUUUAAAUAAAAAAAUUUCAUUCUCAAAAAAAAAUGAAACCGUUGGAAGUGGUCUUAAUAGCUAUGUUUCGAAAAGAAUUUGCAUAUCAUAUAUGAUAGAUUCAUCCGCUGAAAACAUAGAAGCAACUCUACCAAGUGAUAACGGGGAAUGCCAAAUAUUCAUUAAUACUGAAACACCUCAAUCUGGUUUAAAUAAUUAUGGUAAUCCCAAUGACCCAGGUGAAAAAGCCCCUCUAAUUGAUAUCCAGAUAUCUAAAAGCCCCAAUUAA